AUGGACGUCUUGGAUCCCAUUUGCUCCCAGCCUCACCGUCCAACAAAGAAAGGGGACCUUGAAGUGAUCCAGCCAUGGGUGGGCGCACCCUUCUGCCACCGACAAGCAAAAUUCCACCCGAUUCGCCUUAACCCGGACCCCUGGGCCGGCCGUUGGCACUUCCUGGCUCCAUGCCUUGCCCGCCGCCCCUGGCACGACCGGGCCCUCGAGGCGGCGUCCCGCCCCGGCCCCGAGCUCUACGGCGCCGACUCGCGCGCCGACGUCUGGACGCUCGGGAACCGGCUCUUUGGCACCGCCGACGACCCGGCCGUGCGCUUCCUCCACGCCGACAUCUACGACGAGGGCGACGAGAAGCCCACCGAGCUCGAGCCCCUGCGCGGGCGCGUCGACGUCCUCAUCGUGUGCGGCGUUACGGACUUCUUUGACCACCCGAGCAACGGCUUUUGCCUAUGGCCCGCGGUGCAGCGGCUGACCAAGCCCGGGUCGCUGGUCGUCGGCUGGAGCCUGGGGAUGUCUGCGGGCCAGUCCAUGGAGCUGCACGGUCGAUUCUACCACGACACGGCCGUCUUCCGCGAGAUGAUCCGGGUUGACUACUGCGCCGGGAGAUACAGCCGGGACGUCAAUAGCGAGGUGCCUAUUCAGGAGCUCGGAUGGGAUCAGUCGGAUCUCGACUGCCUCCCUCCAGUCGACGCCACAUUUCCCUAUUCUGCCACGCCUCAUCCUCCACCAAACGUGACUGGGCGCGAAUUUGUUCUCACGAAACUGGGGGACUGGCAGCCUUGAUAACGAUAACGCGCAGGUGCCAGCACGGAGCAUGGUUCCUUUCGCCCAGCUCUUUACCUCCGGCACCGAGCUUCUCUCUGGUGUUGGGGUGCUAAUGGUGGGGUGUCAUUGGCUAGAGGCCGAGGAUUCCGAGUCCCAUUUUCUCUCCCAGUAUUAAUCCAUCC